AGUAUCGGAGAGAGCGCGAGACGCGGAGAGAGAGCAUGGGGCGCGCGGAUCGGCUGGAAUAAGAAACAUUUCCCAACACUUUCAAAAACUUUCUCAACUCGGCCGACAGAUAUGGAUACCAUCAUUUUGAGCAUAUUACUCCUGCAUACGGCGUUUGGAAGCGCAGGAGCCCAGUACACUCCCGCUCAAAUGGGACACGCGGAGAAAGGCGGCUGCACCUUCGAUGAUGGCCCAGCACAAUGCGACUACCAGCAGGAUCCUUACGACGACUUCGACUGGACACACGUCAGCGCUCAAGAAGUGCCGUACCUGCCCUCUGACCUUCCCCAGGGCUCAUACAUGAUGGUGGACACCUCGCAGCACGAUUACGGAGAAAAGGCUCGCCUGCAGCUGCCCGUGAUGAAAGAAAACGACACUCACUGCAUCGACUUCAACUAUCUCCUGCACUGCCCCGACGGCUCCAGCCCCGGGACGCUCAACAUCCUGGUGAAGGUCAAUAAAGGGCCUCUGGCCAAUCCCAUCUGGAACGUCACUUCCUGCACAGGCAAAGGCUGGAUGAAGGCGGAGCUUGCUGUCAGCACUUUUUGGCCCAAUGAGUAUCAGGUCAUAUUCGAGGCAGAAGUGACAAAUGGCAGAAGAGGUUUCAUUGCCAUUGAUGACAUCCAGGUGCUCAGUUACCCAUGCGAUAAAUCGCCUCACUUCCUGCGUUUGGGGAAUGUGGAGGUGAAUGCUGGACAGAACGCCACGUUCCAGUGCAUCGCCACUAUCCGUGAUGCUGUCAACAACAAACUCUGGCUGCAGCGGCGUAACGGAGAGGACAUUCCAGUGGCGGAGAAGAAAAACAUCAACCACAGGAAGUUUGCGGCCUCUUUCCGACUGAGAGAAGUGACCAGUCAGGACCAAGAUCUGUACCGCUGCGUCACCCAAUCAGAGAGAGGAUCUGGAGUCUCCAACUUUGCUGGACUCAUCGUCAGAGAGCCCCCGAGACCCAUUGCUCCACCUCAGCUGCUGGGUGUCGGGCCCACAUACCUGCUAAUCCAGCUGAACGCUAACUCCAUAUUCGGGGACGGCCCCAUCAUCCUGAAGGAGGUGGAGUACAGGAUGACAUCUGGAAGCUGGACAGAGACCCACGCCGUCAACUCGCCCAAUUACAAGCUGUGGCACCUGGAUCCCGACACGGAGUAUGAGAUCCGAGUGCUGCUGACCCGUCCGGGAGAGGGGGGAACUGGACAGCCCGGGCCGGCUCUCAUCACCAGAACCAAGUGUGCAGAGCCCAUGCGGACCCCCAAGAGUCUGAAGAUCGCAGAGACGCAGGCGCGCUUCAUCGCCGUGGACUGGGAGUCGCUGGGCUACAACAUCACCCGCUGCCACACCUUCAACGUCACCAUCUGCUACCACUACCACAAAACCAACCAGAGCAAAGCCGACUGCCUAGAGAUGGACCCCAAAGCCCCCCGACACGUGGUGGGCAACCUGCCGCCUAACACCAACGUCAGCCUGAAGAUGAUCCUAUGA